CUCUCUCCCUCUCUCUCUCUUGUUUCUCUCUCUACUGCGGCGACGCAAUGUGGCGGCGGCGGGGAGGUGGUGGCGGUGGCGGAGGGGGAGGAGGGGGUGUGGCGGUGGUGGUGGCGGUGAUGCUGGUGGUGGGGGCGGCAGGGGGCGCGGCGGCGUCGGACGCGGCGGCGAUGCGGGCGGUGGCGAAGGCGCUGGGGGCGGACGCGGCGCUCGGGUGGGACACCGGCGACCCCUGCUCGCCCAAGGCGUGGUCCGGCGUGACGUGCGACUCGGCGGGGCGGGUGACCGCCAUCCAGGUCGGGAGCCGCGGCCUGACGGGGAAGCUGGCGCCCGAGGUCCGCAACCUCACGGCGCUCGCGCGCCUCGAGCUCUUCGACAACUCGGUCUCCGGCGAGAUGCCGUCGCUGGCGGGGCUCUCCUCGCUCCAGUACCUCCUCGUCCACAACAACGGCUUCACCGGCCUCGCGCCGGGCUUCUUCAAGGGGCUCACCGAGCUCACCGCCGUCUCGCUCGACAACAACCCGUUCCAUCCGUGGCCGCUCCCCGCCGACCUCGCCGAGUGCACGUCCCUCACGAACUUCUCCGCGAACACCGCCAACGUGACCGGCGCCAUCCCGGACUUCUUCGGGACCGCGCUGCCGUCGCUUCAGCGCCUCAGCCUAGCGUUCAACAUGAUGUCUGGGCCUGUGCCGCCUUCUCUGGCCGGCGCGCCGCUGCAAUCCCUCUGGCUCAACAACCAGCUGGGAGGCAACCAGUUUAACGGGUCGAUUAGCUUCGUCUCCAACAUGACUUCGCUCCAACAGCUUUGGCUGCACUCCAACGACUUCUCCGGGCCCUUGCCGGACUUCGCGGGGCUUACAAGUCUCUCCGAUUUGCAGCUCCGCGACAACCAGCUCACUGGUCCGGUGCCAGACAGCCUGCUGAAUCUCAAAUCACUGACGAAGGUGAGCCUGACGAAUAAUUUGCUGCAGGGGCCAAUGCCCAAAUUCGCCAGUACGGUGAAGGCCGAUGUUCUGCCGGAGACAGAGCGGUUCUGCUUGACAACCCCUGGAGCGCCUUGUGAUCCCCGUGUAAGCCUGCUGCUGGAGGUGGCGGCUGGAUUCCAGUACCCAGCGAAGCUCGCGGAUAAUUGGAAAGGGAAUGAUCCGUGUGAUGGUUACAUUGGUGUUGGAUGCGAUGCAGGGAACAUUACAGUGCUGAAUUUUGCCAGGAUGGGGCUCAGUGGGAGCAUCUCCCCAGCUGUUGGGAAGAUUACAACGCUGCAGAAGCUUAUUCUUUCUAACAACAAUAUUACUGGCACGGUGCCAAAGGAGGUUGCUGCUUUGCCUGCUCUGACCGAAGUUGAUAUGUCAAAUAACAAUAUUUAUGGAAAACUGCCUACCUUUGCAGCAAAGAAUGUGCGGGUGAAAACUGAUGGCAACCCGAACAUUGGCAAGGAUGCUCCUGCACCAUCUGGAUCAGGUGGUAGUAGCAGCAACAAUGGGCCUGCGGAUGGUGGGAAUGGCAGUGCUGAAAGUAACGGGAGCUCGUCUUCAUCUUCUGCUCGAAUCAUUGCUGGCUCAGUGGUUGGUGCCAUUGCUGGAGUAGGCCUUCUUGCUGCAUUAGGAUUCUAUUGCUAUAAGAGAAAACAGAAGCCUUUUGGAAGGGUUCAAAGCCCGCAUGCUAUGGUUGUCCAUCCCCGGCACUCAGGGUCAGAUGAUGUGCUUAAAAUCACAGUUGCUGGGGGGAAUGUCAAUGGCGGUGCAGCUACAAGCGAGACAUACAGUCAAGCGAGCAGUGGUCCACGGGAUAUUCAUGUUGUUGAGACUGGAAAUAUGGUCAUUUCAAUUCAAGUCCUCCGCAAUGUGACCAACAACUUCAGUGAUGAGAACGUCCUUGGUCGUGGUGGCUUUGGCACUGUGUACAAGGGUGAGCUUCAUGAUGGCACUAAAAUUGCUGUGAAGCGAAUGGAGGCUGGCGUGAUGGGUAAUAAGGGGUUAAAUGAGUUUAAAUCAGAGAUUGCUGUGCUGACCAAGGUCCGCCAUCGGAACCUUGUCUCACUUCUUGGCUAUUGCCUCGAUGGCAAUGAGAGGAUUCUUGUGUAUGAGUACAUGCCACAGGGGACACUCAGUCAACACCUGUUUGAGUGGAAAGAACACAAUCUGCGGCCUUUGGAAUGGAAGAAGAGACUUAGCAUUGCUCUUGAUGUUGCAAGGGGUGUUGAGUAUCUUCACAGCCUUGCACAGCAGACCUUCAUCCACAGAGAUUUAAAACCAUCAAACAUACUUCUCGGUGAUGACAUGAAGGCAAAGGUGGCAGACUUUGGAUUGGUCCGGCUUGCUCCGGCUGAUGGGAAGUGCGUCUCAGUAGAGACAAGGCUUGCUGGCACUUUUGGAUACCUUGCUCCUGAAUAUGCAGUUACUGGACGAGUAACAACAAAAGCAGAUGUCUUCAGCUUUGGUGUCAUCUUGAUGGAGCUUAUCACUGGACGCAAGGCGCUUGAUGAGACUCAGCCUGAAGACAGCAUGCACUUGGUGACAUGGUUCCGGAGAAUGCAGCUUAGCAAAGACACAUUCCAGAAAGCAAUUGACCCGACUAUCGAUCUCACUGAGGAGACACUUGCUAGUGUUAGCACUGUCGCUGAGCUUGCUGGUCACUGCUGUGCUAGGGAACCUCACCAGAGGCCCGACAUGGGUCAUGCUGUCAAUGUGCUCUCUACACUUUCAGAUGUUUGGAAACCGUCUGAUCCAGAUUCAGAUGACAGCUAUGGUAUCGACCUGGACAUGACACUGCCACAGGCAUUGAAGAAAUGGCAGGCCUUCGAGGAUAGCAGCCAUUUUGAUGGCGCGACAUCUUCAUUCCUUGCUAGCUUGGAUAAUACUCAGACAAGCAUACCAACAAGGCCUCCAGGAUUUGCAGAAUCAUUCACCUCAGCUGAUGGAAGAUAGGUUAACUUGUGAAAUCUCAAGCUCCGCGGAAGCAGAACAUCCAAGUGAUCCUUUUGUUCAUUCCUUUAGUCUCCUCCCUCCCCUGCUUUUUAGUGUUUCUUGAUUUGGCUAUGUGCUGCCUUGUAGCUGUCCUUUUGAUCAUGUAUCUUGUGAUCUUGACUCAAGAAUUGCCUGGAAGUUUGCAAAUUUGCUAA